AUGUGGGAGGAUGUGAACAUAUCAUCUACCGACUAUGCCCGCAGACGCAGUGAGCUUAUUCAAAUGAUGGUCAAGCUCAGAUCCAUGGGUGCUGAUGCUCUGAUCGACUUACCAUCUGUUGUGGUAAUUGGUGGACAAUCUGCGGGAAAAAGCUCACUCGUUGAGGCUGUCAGUGGGAUCAAUGUCCCAAGAGAUAGCGGAACAUGUACAAGAUGCCCCAUGGAAUGUACAAUGUCAAGUCAUGCCUCAUCGUGGUCCUGCACUAUCACCCUACGUAUCGGCUUCGAUCGUAACGGCGUAGACCUCCAGAAACCUACUAAUAUGCCUUUUAGUCAAACGAUCACAGACAAAAGUGAAUUUGAGGUUUGGCUGCGUCGUGCUCAGGCGGCUAUUUUGAACCCGGACGUUUCUUCUUCGACUUUCCAUACGAAAACUAUCGAAGAACUCAGGAACAUGAAAAACACACUCAAGUUCUCCCGCAACGUGGUGUGCGUCUCAAUUGAAGACCCUGAUGCGACUGACCUAUCGUUCUAUGAUUUACCUGGCUUGAUACAAAACGAGGAAGCUGAAAUCGUCGCAUUAGUGAAGAAUUUGGUAGAGCAUUACACCAAGAAAGAAAACACCAUCAUAUUGACUACAAUUCCCAUGAGCGAUGAUAUGGAAAAUCAGCAAUCCAUGAGUCUCGCCAGGGCCGCAGAUCCUGCUGGCAAGAGGACAAUCGGUGUACUUACAAAACCUGACACGCUCGGCGUCGGAGCUAUCAACCAACGUCGCAGAUGGGUAGAAAUCAUCGAGGGUCGUUCACAGGAUCACACGCUGAGGCACGGCUUUUACUGUGUGCGUCUUCCCGAUGACGCCGAACGCGCACAACGCCUGUCUCGUGUUGAAUCGCAAAGGCGUGCCGCUGAAUAUUUCGACACAACGUCGCCCUGGAAGGACGUGAGUGAUCGUCAUCGAUUUGGAAUUCCAGGCUUCGUUUCAGAUGUGAGCCGAUUGCUCAUCAAAUUGAUCGAAGAAACCUUGCCGUGUCUCAGAGAUGAUGUCGACAAGCUCCUUGCAAAAUGUAUUAAGGACCUCGACGAAUUGCCGCCGCCACUUGCAAAUGAUCCGCAGAUUGAAGUUUUAGGACGAAUGAACGCGUUCUGCGAUGACUUCAAGAAGUUCGUGAAUGGCAGUCAUGAAGGCAAACAUCUUGCGCAGCGGAAUCGCGCUCUUUACGCCAUAUUCAAGAAGGAUAUACGCGGCACUACCCCCGAUUUUAGGCCCUUUGAUCAACCGGAAGACUUUGUUCUAGUGCUGGAUGACACUGAGGAUAACAUGACUCUUUCUGAGCGAGAUCCUGGCGUAAAAGUGAUGGGCAUAUAUGACAUCCGCAAGGUCGUUCAAGAGGCCAUUGGAUGGGAGUUUCCCAACAACGUGCCGUAUCAGGCCAAAGUCAACCUCAUCGCUCAAUUUACCAAACUCUGGGUUGCUCCGUCUGAGCGCUGUCUCGCUGGUAUCAACGAUGUGCUCGAUCAAGUCAUCAACACACUCAUAAGCACCCAUUUUGGACGCUUCAAAGUUCUUGAGGACUAUUUUGGAAAACUAAUUAGAGUCCAGGUCGACAUCUACAAGGCGCGCGCCCAAGUUGCUGUCAAAUCAGCUUUGGAUCUGGAAACUACUCCACACUUCACUCAAAACACGGAUUAUCUCCAAACGCUCCGCGACAAGUGGCUGUCACGCUAUAAGACAGCUCGAAGUAGAUCUUCUCAGUACAAGGCUCAUCAUAUUCGGGAAGAUGGGGUCGUACCACCACAACCUGAGACCCCGUCCAGUAAAUCUAAAGCCCGAAUCAGUUCGACUAUAGAGAUAACUGAGGAAAAGGCUUUGAGGGCUCUUGCAGAAGCAGGGUACACCAAUCUUCGGGUUUCAGAUCUUGCACGGUUGUUACCUCCCGACUCAUUCGAAGAAGAGCUAGUUGUGAUGGCCGAUGUUCGAGCCUAUUAUCAUGUUGCCUACAAGCGCAUUAUUGACCACAUUCCUCUUACGAUCGAGCAUGCUCUCCAUCAUGCUCUAGCGGGACAACUCUCGCAGAGCCUUCUCACGAGCUUGCUCACGGAUAUGGCAUCUGGGCCUAACUUCUUUGAGCGUAUGAAGGAGUUGGUCAGCGACGACGCCUCUAUCGCUCAGAAACGCACAAUGCUCGCUACAAGAAGACAACGCAUAUUGGACAUUCGCCGGAGACUCGUGACCUUCGGUAUUAGUACCUGA